CAACACAAAGUCAUAAGUCUUCUGUUCCUAACCUUACUCCUAGAUCUGAAACUAUUUCUCCGGGUACAAUGCUGUCGCACAAGUUGUCACUCGUAGUCCUUGCAUGGCUAAGUGUUUCCUUCGUUGUCGUGAACUCGAACCAACGCUCCAAUGAUGAAUGUGUAUCUAUUACAGCAAGCGUCCACGAUGAAUGGUGCGAUAUGAACUGCCAUCACAAUCCGCGAUAUUGCCCAACUAACUUGUGUAAAUGUUCUCCCGUCUCUACCACACCACCCCCCGCCACAGCUCCAAAUCUACCUAAAGGUCGUAAAUGUGUAGCUGUUUCUCAAAGCACCGUUGACUCGUGGUGUGAACUAAACUGCAAAAACGAUCCAACAUUUUGUCCAGGAUAUUUGUGUAAAUGUACUGAUAUACCCACUACCACAACUACACCUACCACUACCACUACCACUACUACAACUACAACAACUACACCUUCCACUACUACAAACCCUACCACCACCUUAGAAACAUUUGGAUUUUCACUGAAAAAUACUACGACAGAGGUGGGAGAUAUAAGCGACCUGCUUGUCAAUUGAAGCCGUAUGAUUGCUUGAAACAUCAAAUCAUCUAGCAAACAAGAUGUGCAAGCUUCAACCACCACCUCCACCACCACCACCACCACCACCACCACCACCACACCAUUGACACAAUAUUUAGAAACUUUCUGAUAUUUUCAAAUAUAUGUUAAAAUUAUAGAUAAUGAAAUAAGGCGAUAUAUCAGGUCGCUGACAAAAUUGAAUGUUUUUAAAAAUACUACUGACCUAUCCCUGAAUACAUACAAUCUAUCUUGUUUUACAAGAGACUCAAAGGACUUGCUUAAAGUUUAAAAUAUUUCGUUUACCUAUGACUUGUAAGCGGACUUGCUUAAAGUUUAAAAUAUUUCGUUUACGUAUGACUUGUUAGUGGACUUGCUUAAAGUUUAAAAUAGUUCGUUUACGUAUGACUUGUUAGUGGACUUGCUUAAAGUUUAAAAUAAUUCGUUUUGUAUGACUUGUAAGCGGACUUGCUUAAAGUUUAAAAUAUUUCGUUUUCGUAUGACUUGUUAGUGGACUUGCUUAAAAGUUAAAAUAUUUCGUUUUCGUAUGACUUGUAAGCGGACUCCUGGCUAGUAGUAUAAUGAAGCCCAAGUACAUAAUUAUAGCUAUUUUUAUUUAUUUUUAAUUUAAAAAAUUGAUACAAUUCAUAAGAAAAAAAGGAAAUACAGCAAAAUGUCCCCCCUAUUUGCCUUACGGGCUUGGUGAUAUAUGUUUCAAGUGAUAAUUGAUUAUUGCUGAUAGGUGAGACAUCGGCUACAAAUUUGUUUGAUUUUUGUGAAUGUUAAAUGUUUUUAAAAAUGAGAAUUGAAAUUUCUAUCGGUUUUUUUUCAUGCCAGGAAAAGCAAGUCGCGCUUUCCCAAGUGUAAUUGUGUGCUGUUUGUGUUUAACGAAUAAAAAAACCUGAAGUGCAA